AUGCACCUGCCCACAAUACUCAGUAUAUUGAAGAAGGCUGUUCAUUCAGCUCAAUCUCCGAGUCGCAACUCCGAUUUAUCUUCAGAGGCAGCUGGUUCUUUGGACAUCAUCGCCGCCUGCAUUCGUGUGGAUGCUCUGAGUGUACUCUACCUCCUCCUCAUGCUUCUCUUCCUCUUCACUCACCGUCGAGACGUCUGCUCUCGCCUGUGGCCUGCCUACAUGACUUUCCUUGGUGUCCUUCUGGUCAUCCAGUACGCUGCCUGUUCGCAGAUCCCCUCUGUUCUUGUCGAAUCUCUUCCCUGGGACUCCAACGACAACGAGACAAUCCGUCUACAGCAGUGGCUCUUCCUUCCUUCCACUUCUCACCAACCUGACCCUCGCAAACUUAUCGUGGACUUCCUGCAAUUCAUGCUGGUGGCCGCACAGUGGCGUGUAUUCAAGUUAGAACAGAGACCAGAUUGGGAAAGCUACGGUGGGGGUAGCAACACUCCCGUCCUCACCGACACUCUGCCCGGCCCGGAUGAUCGUGAUUUUAUCAGUACGAAGGAAUCCUACCUGGAUUACAUGCGUCAUGCAGUUUUCUACUGGUCGUAUUGGCUCAGUCUGGCCAUUGUCUUCGCCACGGGGGUCAGUUGGAUCACACUCUUCUGUCUGGGUUACAUGAUCCUCAGUUUCAUUUACCUCUGGAUGGGCCAAAACGUCAUGAUGCGAAGGCGUUCCAAUCUUCUUGCCUCGUGGAAUGUGAUCGUGGGAUACAACUUCUGUGUGAUUCUGGCGAAGUGUACCCUUCAACUGAUGGGCUGUGUCUACUGGAAUCGUCUCGUAGGUCAUCGUAUCUGUUGGCUCAUCCAACUCUUCGGCGUCAGUUGUAUGAACCCCGUUGGUUGGAAUGACUACGCUGGCUACUCCACGGAUAUUGGCUGUGAGAUCGUCUCAAACGGACUUCACUGGGAUGUUGUGUGCUUUGCAGUGAUCAUUUUUCAACGCAAGAUCUUCACUACCUCCUCCUUCCGUCAUGUCGUGUUUGAUCUCAAUGUUCAGAGUUGUUUCGCUUCCAGAGGCGCUUUCCUCAUCAAUCGCAAGCUGAUGCAAGUAAUCAGCGAGCAGAAUACGCGUGAAAAGCGUGACUUGGAGCGAGUGCAACGCAAGCUGGAUAAAAUUGCGCAGCGCCAGAAGGAGGCUGGUAAAAAUACGGCCAAUAUUAAUGAACACUACAUCUUGAUACGCUCGGGCGACUAUUACCACUUUGAAGGAGAUCCCGAGGACGAGGAGGCAGAGGACGAGACUACAACUACCGCCACCACAACAACAACGACACUAACGACACCAUCAUCUAUCAGCGAAACCCCCUUGCCCCAAGUCCUGCCGCCCCCUCCAACGCAUCAAGGCGCUAGGACACAAGCGUAUCCACCGGAGAGCGUGCAGCGUCACCAUCUGCGCGCAGUGUGGCCUAGCAUCGAUAGCGCUCCGUUGGAUGCGCUCUCCAACUACACCUGUCCUUACAGUCCCACGCCAGCUCAACCACGUCGUCCCGCCUCUCGAAACCCGUUUCGCGUCUCCUCUAUGACAAGGCGUCGAGCUCCGCUGGAACAGACGGGUGGUGGGGUGCCACAUCGUCGAAUUACACGUGCUACUACUGCUGGUGGUUCAUAUAGCUCUUCUUCAUCCUCCGCUGCCGUCGCAACCCCCAGUCAACCUGCUUUUCGCACCCACCGCCGGCUGUCCUCCUACCCAGAGGCCUUUCGUACCGCAAAGCGGCGAGCGCGACGAGCAGAGCAAGCGGCUGGAAUAGAACUGCAAGCGCUAUCUCCUACUACCACUGCAAAAUCACCUUCGGUGGGGGCAGUGGCGAAGUCGGGCACGACACUUCUGCCCCGAUCAUUGGCAGCGUCACCGCCACCGAAGAGCCAUCGACGCAUCGCCUCAGUCGGUGCGAUCGAAAGACACGACACUGAUGCCACGUCGCCGUCGUUGACAACAGAGGUGGCAGAUUCGGAGAGGGCGGAUCGGGGACCUUCGAUCGAAAUCGAGAAUACUCCACCGGAGCACCUGUCGGUGAAGACUGAUCUAGUUUCACGUUCCUCAAUUCGGCCCUCGGUGACCUUUGCAGCCUCCCCCUCCCCGGAUCCCGGCACUGUUGCAGACAACGAUGGUGAAGAGGAAGACGACGAAGAAACGAGAAUGGAUAUGAAUGACGAUGAGGACGACGAUGACGACUAUGCCAUGCAGACGCACAUGAACCCUCUACAACUGCUCAACCAGGCUAUGGAACAUGGGAUGCGCUCCACCGCUCGCCAGUACCGUCGUCGAAACCUGGCCGCAUACCACCAGCGCAGCGCUGUGGUCGAUCCAAACGCAGUCGCAACGACUUCUGGUGCUGAGGUGGAAGGAGAAGGUGGCGCCGGCUUCGGUGCACAGUCGGGAAGAAUGAGUGCCGUGUCGGUGCGAAAAUCGGUGGGCCCUCUUCGACCACCGCUCUCCAAACAGAAUACUGUGGAGGGUGGUGGAGCAGCGCUUGAGGAGGAUCCGCUGGCGUUUGCGAAGAUCAUGUACCACUCCAUCCCCAUGGGAAUAGCCUUGCUUCGUUUUCAUGUGGUGGUUUGUGGACCCAAGUCUCCCUUUGCUAAAUGCCAAACCGCAUUCUCGGUCAAGAUCUAUCCACCCGACACGGCACAAUUCGAAGGUGUGCAUGAAGAGCCUCUCCUUGAGAAACAGCCAGGACCAAUGAAUCGAAUUUCGUCUUUUACUGACGAGGGUUAUGCCGAGAAUGAUAUCUUUAACCAAACAAACUUGACUCCUUUCACUCCACGAGAAGGCGUAUCCUCAGGGGUUCCCAUGGCAGAGGGUGGCAGAGUUCCCUCGGACGAUUCUAUUUCUCAGUUCAGCCGCAUAUCAGGAGACGAUGUGGAGAAUAAGUCGGAGAGCUGUUGGAGCCGCUUCAAGGCGGGCUGCCUGGUAAUGCACAUCUUCUUCCUCUCCACCAUCGAGACGACCACGCGAAUGCUCAACUCCAUUACUCGCGAGCAUCGACGCAUUCGCCGCACCAUUGAUGUGGAGAAACGCAAGGUCAAGCAAAAGGCUCUCUAUAUCUUCAACCGCAGCUCCAUUGAUGCAAGAGUGGCGCACCUAAUCGAAGUUACGGAGCGAACCAGGCGGCUGAGUCGCUGGCGCCGUCUCUUUGCUCGCAUCUCGCGUUCAAGAAUUCCGAAAGCAACAAUACCAUCUCCAUCGGUACCCCUGCACGUUGGCCACUUCGAGGAUAAUAACAGCUCCAUUCUGCCCCUUUCUCCUUCUCGUGGAAGCAUCAACUCGCUUACCGACCUCUUCUACGAUAGAACUCGAGUCACACUGGAAUCCGUCGUGUUGGACGUAAUCUCAGGUAGUACCAGCCCUUCGCGAACCUCCGUUUUGGAUCCAUCCUUCUACUCCGCCUCCUCGGGAUCCGCAGCACGUCGACAACGACCCGAUGCAGCUUCUGCAUCCACCACUAAAGGACCGCAAUCAAGCGUGCCUCGUCCAUCUUCCACGUGGGAUGCGGAGGAGUACGACGACGAGGCCAGAGCGCCGAUGGCUGUUGAUGGUAGCGUCGGUACUGAUGGUGGUGCAUUGUCGAACUGGGAGCAGCGUGAGCGCGAGUUCCGGCGUUCGCGGCCUAGUCUCUUCCUGCUACUCAUAGCAGUGGGGAAUCUAGUGGUAGUACACUCCGAGUUGGUCUGCUACACCAUUCUCAUCAUCAACCACAUGCGCUCCGCAAAUGUGCUCUCGUUGGUCUACCCCUUGAUGGUCUUCCUCUGGGGCAUGCUCUCGGUCCCUAGGCCUACCAAGACCUUCUGGAUUAGUCUUAUCACCUAUACCGAGCUGAUCAUCAUCAUCAAGUACAUCUUCCAAUUUCGAUUCAUCGAGUUCAACUCCCCGGACCAGGUGUCGGCCACGCUGGCAAAAACGCAUUGGCUACCUGUCAUCUUUGGCGUCGAGAAAACCGACAGCUACGCCAUUUGGGAUCUCAUUCAGCUGCUCUUCAUUUUCUUACAUCGCAGUUACCUCAAGAACUAUGGUCUCUGGCGUGAUGACACAGAAUUCAGGCAAGAUCUCAUUCAGGCCGGCGAGGCCAACAAAGUUAAUGUCAAAAAGGACACUCGACAGCAGCAACAAACUAGGGAGGAAGCGAUUGUUCCGAGUCACUCCAAAUCAUCAAGUUCACAAUGCACUUCAUCGGCGUCGUUGAAUCCAAUCACGAAGAUGCGUCGUUUCUACCUCAAAAUGACCGAUCCACGUUACAACCAGAAGGUCGAUGUCUAUGUGUACAUGUUUAUAUGUGAAUUUCUCUCCUUUUGGAUCAUCAUUUUUGGCUACCAAUCCUUCGGCCCAAGUACUGGAAUGGGCGAUAAUGCCUUCGAGUUCAUCAAAACUAAUCGCAUUCCCGGUCCCUUCAUUGGGAUGAUAAUAAUCCAAUCCCUGUUUAUUGUGGCUGACAGAGCGCUGUUUUUGAGGAAGCAAGUGUUGGGUAAAUUCAUCUUUCAAAUCCUCCACGUGAUCCUUAUUCACGUAUGGCUUUUCUUCAUCUUACCUCAAAUUACAAUGACGCCUUUCAAUGUUGGCUCAGCAAGAGCUCUUCUCUACCUGGUAAAGUGCAUAUACUUCGGUCUUUCCGCCUAUCAAAUUCGCAGUGGAUAUCCGCGGCAUAUUUUGGGGAACUUUUUGACGAAGAAUUACAACUACAUCAACCUAGUGCUGUUCAAAGCGUACUUGAUAAUGCCGUUUCUGUACGAGGUUCGCAGUGUAAUGGAUUGGAUGUGGACGGACAGUCCGCUCUCCCUUUACCAUUGGAUGGAGUUGGAGGACAUCUACGCGAAGGUGUUCGUAAUGAAGUGCUGGCGACGCUCCGAGAUUGAGUAUCCCACACCGCUGGGUCGGAAGCGUUCCAUUUGUGUCAAGUACAUUGUGGGCCUUCUUAUCCUCCUCUUCGCGUUUCUUUGCUUCUGGGGACCUCUCGUGGUUGCUUCCUUCAUUGACACCACCUACGCCAUCAAUGUCCCCAUUGAGUGCUCGCAAACGCUGGCUAUUGGUGGAUUCCCUGCGCUGUACGACUUCACUUCUCGCGAGAACAAUCUCCUCCACGUGAACGAUUCCUUUUUGUCCGAGAUUCGUCAAUGCAACGCUUUGGAUCAGGGAACGACUGGAUUCGUGGACAACUUUAAGACAGAGGAUGUGAGCAACAUGACCUUUGAUACGACCUCAGGACGUGUGUGGCCAAUCACGCCCCCUUUGUAUCGUAAACUCAUGUCCGAGCUGGUGAAUGAGGACUCUCAGAUGACCAUAACUUUCCAUGUUGUCUGCAGACGACCGCCCCGUGCUAUUGACUCGAGUUCGACCCGCGUGGAACAGUACUUCAACCGUCCAUUAUCGCGAAAAGAACGGCUGGAGUUUAAUGAAGUUCUGAGUGAAAGCCUGACCACUUCUUCUAACAUGGCCACUUCAAAAUCCGCUCGACUAGAACUAGCUUUUCCACGCUUUCUGUUUGCUCAAAAGGACAAUCUUCGAAACGCAUCUGGCAAUCUCGCGCAAUUACACACCUUUGUCAAUGUCAGUGCAUCGUUGGGGAAGGACAGUCAAUCUGAACAACGAUGGUGGGUGCUUGAAGAGAUUGGGUUAGCUGGCGCGCCCUGUUACGGUACUAUCAAUAACCUAACCCAAGAUGACAUGACCUAUCACUCGCAAUCGCGGAGCUUUUCCAUCAUCAUCUUCAACGAGCGGGUCUCAGACAAUCUAUUAGGAAAGAUUUUUAGCUCCUACGGCAUUAUUGGUAUGUACGCAGCGUACAUAUUCUUCGCAAGUCGCCUGUUACGCAUGAUCUACAGUGACAUCUCCUACCAAAUAUCGCUGCAGGAGUUGCCACACGUGGAUAGGCUGUUGAAUCUCUGCCACGAUAUUUACCUGGUACGAGAGAAUGGGAAGCUUUAUCUAGAAGAACAACUGUUCGCCAAAUUGAUAUUCCUCUAUCGGUCGUCGGAGACUAUGAUCAAGUGGACGAGGCAUCCGAAAUGGCUGAUUGAUAAGUUUUCCAAGAAACCAGAUGAGGAGGAAGAGCGAUCAUUGGGAGACGAAGGCCGCCGAGCAACCACGAUGAUGAUAAUGAUGAAAGCCAGCAGACAGCUCCGCCACCAUCACAAUCAUUACCAUUGUUACGACAAGAAAACCAAGAUGGUGAUCGCGGACAUCGUAGACAGCGGCCACAGGGACAUCGAGGCACAUCACCAACGGUGGGAAUGA